UGGAGAUCUCUCCUUUUGGAGUUUUCUACUGCUGGCCUAGGAUACAAUAUCAGUUGCCAACUCUCAGCCUUACUAAUACAAGACUAUUCCCUUUGAGCUGACAGCCUUGGAGGAAGCACGGCUGGCGUUUUAGAACCCAGGACUGUGUCCCUAGGGCUUUGAAGAGAAACACGAUGUUUCUGUUACCAGUAAGAGCCAGCACUCUCCAUAGCAACUGAAAACUUUUCAAGGCAGCUAUAAACUAAUCCUCUCCAGCUUCCAGAGCACCAUCAAGAAUUUUAAAAACAUUGGACUUCCAGCAGCUAAAUACUUCUGUGGAUUCAAAAGGCCACGAAGCUAGAUACACAGGGUUUCUUUCUCCCUUCAGAAGAUUCCUCAGGUUUCGAGUUUAAGCUGUGAAGUGCAAACAACACUCCAACACUCAGAGCAGCUCAGGCGCUGCAGGAAGAGGAGAUGUGCUUUCUGAGCAAGCACCCAGCUAUUGGGGUGGUAUGUUCCGCUUUCCUGCUCAGCGUGCUCAUUGCUGAAGGACAGCUUGGGGAAGAGCACGGGCAGGAUGGCAGCUCUGCUCCCAGCCGAAGCUAUCUGAUGGAAGUUUUACACCUUCUUUCAGCUGACAACCCUGAGCUCCACACAAACCACUCACGAGAACUGGUCAGAAUGGUGCUGGAGAGAGCUGAGUGCCCACAGCGGAUUUAUGGCAUGCAAGAGGAUUGUAAUCUGUGUCUUGAACCAGAUGCUAUGUUACUAAUAGCUGGUGGAGAUUUAGAAGAUCAUCUCAGUGAAGAAGUAUUUGAGAGAAUUUCUCUUGUUCUCCUUUACUACAUUCUUCAUCAUAGAGACGUGUGUUCUUCAAAGCUCAACUUGAGUAAUAAGGAUUAUAAAUUUUAUGUAAAGAGUAUGCUCAAUUUGAGACAUGAUGAAGAUUGUUAUUAUUUUUCACGGAAUGAAACGGAAGACAUUUUGGCUGCAGUAAAGAAACAUUUUAAAACUCCUCAAACCCAGUGUGUUGAUGUGAGUACUCUGGAGAAAACUGCUGAUAUAGUGGACAGAGAUGGUGCUGAUGAAAACACUCUUCCACGCUUGGCUGCUUUGAUUAUUACUUUGGCUCUCCAAGGAGUCUGCAUGGGAAAAGCAAGCUUGCCCUCCCCAGAAUUCUUUAUAAAAUAUAUUUUCAAUUCUUUGAACAGUACCACAGAGCUUCAAGUGGCAGAACUGGAACAACUCCUCAAUGUGCUUACAGCCAGAAAGUCCUGCACUGUAAAUGGACAAUUCCAAAGUUACAAAAGAUACUAUGAUAUGACAAGCACAGGUACUGGAGCCAGGAACAGUCCAGUCAAAGCAAGCUAUCCAGAAGAAGACUAUCUGAAAGAUUAUUUUAAAGAUCGUGGGAGUAACACAAAUUGGGAUCAGGUUUGUUUCUCUGCUGAUGAACUUGUGAACAUAUUUUUAAAAAAUAGUUCUUCAUCCAUUUCCAAGGAGCACUUCAAGCAAAUGAGUCCAGCAAUCGUUCAGCAACUAUUAAGUUGUUCAUGUCAGCUUCCUGAAUCCAAGCAGACAAAACUUCCACCAACAACUUUGGAAAAGUAUGGUUACAGCACUGUUGCAGUUUUACUUAUUACUGUUGGAUCUAUGUUUGGUACAUCCCUAAUUUUAUUUAACUCCUGUCAAGAAAUCUAUACGCUCAUUUUACAGUUGUUUGUUGGUUUGGCAGUUGGGACUCUUUCUGGAGAUGCACUGCUACACCUUAUUCCUCAGACUCUUGGUUUACAUAAACAUGAAGUACAAGAGGUAGAACAUUUCUAUGAAGGAAAAGAAUAUAUUUGGAAACUUUUGGGAAUAAUUGGAGGGAUUCAUGGAUUUUUUCUGAUUGAAAAAUGUUUCUUUCUUUUGGUAACACCACGUGAACAGCAGGGCCUUUCUUUAGUUAAUGGGCACUGGGAACAUUCCCAUGAUCUUCCAGUGGAAUCUGAAUUAAAUGAACAUUCAGGCAGAGACAAAUCUACUUCAACCAUACAGUUGAGAAGCCCAGAAGAUUCUGAGUCGUCUGAAGUUUCUCCAGGCAACAAGGUGAUCAGCACAAAAAAUAACAGAAUUAGCUUGUUAGCAAUCAUGGUUUUGGUGGGUGACAGUCUUCACAAUUUUGCUGAUGGCUUGGUAAUUGGAGCAGCAUUCUCAUCCUCAACAGAAACAGGUGUGACAACGACUAUUGCUAUUUUAUGCCAUGAAAUUCCUCAUGAAAUGGGAGAUUUUGCUGUGCUACUGAGUACGGGCCUCCCCACGAAGAUUGCAAUUUUGAUGAAUUUUAUAAGUGCACUAACGGCGUUCUUAGGACUUUAUAUUGGCCUUUCUGUAUCAACGGAUCCAUGCAUUCAAAACUGGAUUUUUACUGUUACAGCUGGAAUGUUCUUGUAUUUAUCUUUAGCAGAAAUGCUUCCUGAAAUGACUCAUAUUCAGACACGGCGACCCUGGUUGAUGUUUCUUCUACAGAACCUUGGAUUACUAUUAGGCUGGCUUUGCCUCUUACUCUUGGCUAUAUAUGAACAGAAAAUUAAAAUAUAAGUUUUCUUUUGGAAAUCUUGAAGUACCACUUAUGACAGUGGAUAGUUGUUCAGUUUUGUCAUGUCUGCCAUAGCAAUAUAUAAAUUAAGUUUUCACGAUUUUUAUAUCUGAACAGUAGAUAACUAUGUCAAUUUAUUAACUUAUUGUUCAGGCCUUGGAUUUUUUCUUGUAAACAUAAAUGUUUAGAAAUAUGUUUUAUUUGUUACUGAGUUUCCCAGAUCCCCAUGCUCAAACUCACAGGAGCUUAUGAUUAGUUUUUAUUGAGACUGUUCUGGUUGAAUGCUCUCAGCGAUCACUGCCAGUCUGAUCGAAGAAAAGAAUAAAGCACAUUUAAAUGCAAUAAAGUGGACUAACCAUAGUUGAAUAAUUCGAAGCAGGAAACUUUGUUGUCUCUUAGUGUAAGAAAUAAAUGUAUUUAUACAAUACUAAAAAGUAUAACAAAACUAAACUGUUAAAUUGCAUACAGCGAUCUGUUUAUAGUAUCUGUCUUGUUCACUUUGCUAGUAUAAUGAUCCUUGGUUGUCUUGCUGGUCCAGUGUAGCAGGUAAAAAUGAAAAGUUCUUGAUCUAGAAAUAGGGUUUCUUUCCCUCAACAUCCCUUCCAGCCUUCUCAAAUCAAGAGAAUCCUCAAGCCAGAUUUUGCUUUUAAGCCAUCAUAAAUAAAAACCAGUAGUGCCUUCCAACUGUGCCCUCGUAGAGGUGAGUUCAACUCCUUCUAACCUGAGGGAUUUUUUGAUGUAAUUAGUCCUCUUGGUUUCAAGGGAAUUCUGCAUAAAUUACAGAUGACUCAUUUAAUUUUGCAUUGCAGAAUCAACCCUGAAACUAAUAUAAAAAUUCUGUUCUAAUUCUGAGGUUCUGAGCACCUUGUAGGAGAUACUGAGCAACAUUCAUCACUGUGAUGUCUAUUACUUACACACUAUGAAUUACUGGCAUAAGAAACCCUGCCCUAUCUAAUUUAUGUUUUUAUGUGAGAAUUGAAAUGAAUUCCUUCUUCCUGCUCUGAUGAACUGUGAAAAUAGGGACAGCAAGUUACAGAACAAACAUAUUUUCUUUAUGCAAGUAAAUGCAUCUUUUUCUUCCUUGUCUUAAUCUACCUUGAAAAAAGGCUCCAUUGUGAUACUCUGUCUGUCUUACAAUGUGUUUACUUGACAGCUCCUACUGGAGGUACAAUUAUUUCUAUAUUACAGCACGGUCAGUUCUCAGAGAUAUAUGCUACUUUAUCAUCAAAAUCUAAAAUGAAAAAUAUUGUUAAUAUUAUGUGAUAGCCUUGAUUCAUAUGGCUGUGGAUCCCUAGUCAUCAACAGGCUGCCUUUGGGAAAAAUACUGAAGAUAAUUGUAAAGGUUGUCAUGCGCCCAUUUUCUGUGCCUGUAAGUUAAGAGAAUCUGUAGCAAAUACUCCAAUGCACAUCUAAGUGUAUAUUUACAUACCUUCAAAAACCUUGUCCUAAACAAUUUAUCCAAAGUCACACAGGAAGUUUCUAACUGAGUGAGGAAAUGAACCAAGUUGUUUAAAGUCUCAAAGUAAAAUACUAACCUGCUUUAUGUAGGUGUGCAAAUGUUAUGACUGCUUUUUCUGUUGGUUUAACUUUGAAGGCUGCUUAGUCAGCUGACAAGCCUUAGCUUCUCUUUUCAAAGUUUACAUUUUUCAGGAGUUUGUGCUUGUUUUUAUGAAGGUAAGAUUUUUUUAAAAGCAGUUUUCCAGUGUUUCAUCUGAUUGUAUUGGCACUGAUUCAAUGACCUUCAGCUGUGACAGUCAAUUCAAGCAAUAGCAGGACACCACUGGACGUAAGCAAAAUCUAUUCCUAUAUCAGAUGGUGUAAAUGAACAUUGGAAACUUUUGUUAUUUCAAAAUGCAGAGCUACUGUAAUUUGAGUGCUUAUACGUGGUUAAUGUUCACUACAACAGGAAAAAAGGUUACAAACAUAAGCAUAUUUUGGCAAUAUUAUGAUAUUCUGGAAUUGUUUUCUAUCAUUAAUACGUCUGAAAAAGGACACAAUUUCUGGCAGUGUGUUCUUUGAAGAUGCAUACAAGCAGAGGUUCACACUGAAAAAAUUUGUGGAUAUACAGUAUUCACGUCUCUUUGGAAAAUA